AGCACCUUAUUUUUUUUCCGGUUGUUGGCUCCUACCGACCCCUCCCCGACUGGGCCCUGGGCCCCCAUCCCACGCGGCCGCCUGCCGCCUGCCGCCGGGCCUGACGCCACCAUGAAGAAGUUCUUCCAGGAGAUCAAGGCUGAUAUCAAGUUUAAGAGCGCAGGUCCCGGACAGAAGCUCACGGAGUCGGUGAGGGAGAAGGCCCCCAAAGAAAAGCCCAACCAGCCAGUGGUCCGGCCGUCCCGUCAGGGACCUACUGAUGAGGCACAGAUGGCAGCCGCAGCGGCCCUGGCCCGGCUCGAGCAGAAGCAGCCAAGGGCCCGGGUCCCCACGUCACAGGACUUCACCCGGAACCAGGUGAGAAAGGAACAAGUUGAAGCAACUGUCAGUGGGAACUCAAAGGCCCCGCAGACUAACACGGUGCCUGAGCCCAAAGAGGAAGGCUCAACCCACCUGGCAGUGUCUGGCGUGUACUUCACCUGCCCGCUCACAGGGGCCAUCCUGAGGAAGGACCAGCGGGACACCCGAAUCAAAGAAGCCAUUCUCUCACACUUCUCUGUUGACCCGGUGGCUGCCUCCAUCAUGAAGAUCCACACGUUCAACAAAGACCGGGACAAGGUGAAGCUGGGUGUGGACACCAUUGCCAAGUAUCUGGACAACAUCCACCUGCACCCCGAGGAGGAGAAGUACCGGAAGAUCAAGCUGCAGAACAAGGUGUUCCAGGAGCGCAUUAACUGCCUGGAAGGGACCCAUGAGUUUUUUGAGGCCGUUGGCUUCCAGAAGACAUUGUUGCCAGUUCCAGAUCAGGAGGGCCCUGAAGAGUUCUAUGUGCUGAGUGAGGCCGCCCUGGACCAGCCCCAGAGCCUGGAGAAGCACAAGGAGCAGCUGCUGUGUGCCGAACCCGUGCGGGCCACACUGGCCCGCCAGCGGCGUGUCUUCCAGCCCUCACACCUGGCCUCUCAGUUCGACCUGCCUUCUGACUUCUUCAACCUCACAGCUGAGGAGGUCAAACGGGAGCAGAGGCUCAGGUCUGAGGCGGUGGAGCGGCUGAGCAUGCUGCGGACCAAGGCCAUGCGGGAGAAGGAGGAGCAGAGGGAGAUGCGCAAGUACACUUACACGCUGCUGCGUGUUCGCCUCCCUGAUGGCUGCCUCCUCCAGGGGACCUUCUACGCCCGGGAGCGGGUGGCAGCACUCUAUGGCUUUGUUCGGGAGGCCUUGCAGAGUGACUGGUUGCCCUUUGAGCUGCUGGCCUCGGGUGGGCAGAAGUUGUCAGAGGACGAGAACUUGGCCUUCAACGAGUGUGGGCUGGUGCCCUCAGCCCUCCUGACCUUCUCGUGGGACAGAGCAGUGCUAGAGGACAUCAAGGCUGCGGGGGCUGAGCCAGACACAUCUAUCCUGAAACCUGAGCUCCUGAUGGCCAUCGAGAAGCUCUCCUGAAAUAAAAGCAGGGUUGGCUUCAGUCCCCAUGGGUCUGUCUCAUGCUCUCCUGCUUCCUCCACCACUGCCCACGUUCCCAUUCCCCCUGCACCUCAAGGCCUCCCCACCUCCUCUAGGACUGUUUGCCCAGCCCAGGGGUAGGGGAGAGCCACUGGUUGGCCUGUGAAUGCCGACCAGAGGGCUUUCAGGGGACAGCUGCUGUGCAGUCCUUAGUAGCACUGGGUCUGAUUAAUGGAACUAGGCAUGACAGGCGUGAACGCCUCCCUGGGCACGACAGUGGGCCUGUGGCAUGGGUCCAGGCCCACAUGCUGUGGCCCAGGCACCAUGGCUGGCCCUGAGGCUCCCCUGUGGGGUUGCUGGUGACAGUGGCAUAGGGUGGAGAUGCUGGGCCUGUCAAAACAGGAUCCUGUAGCUCUAAAUUCUGAACCCAAAUAAACAGGCUCUUUCACUAGUCUCUUGGUGGUGAAUUUCAGCUGUUGCAGGGCAGGUCAGUAGCUGCAGUCACCCAGUAGACAAGCCCAUCUCCCUGAGGGAGGGUGUCCCAGGGGCCCUGGGCUGUGGCGUUAGGGCCUCGGCCCUGGCAAACAAGUUUCCAUAGAUGUCCAGGUCCUCACCCCUGGAACCUGUGAGCAUUUACUUUACAUGACAAAAGGAAAUUUGUGUGUGAUUAAAAGACCUUCAGGUGGGAGAUUGUCCUAAUUUCCCAGAUGCACCUGGUGUCAUCCCAGGGCUUCUUACACGUGGGAGGAGGAAGCAGAAGAAACGGAAGAU